GCCUACCAUUCUCUUCCAUUUCUAUACAGAAGAAAACAGCAACAAAGCUUCAAUCUCCAAGCAUGGCUUACCAUCUACGAUCGGCAAGCACGCCUUCGAGCCCUCGCUCAAACAGAGCGGAAGCCGAGGAGCAGUUCCAGAGCCUGAGCACAACCAUCUCUUCGCCCUCGGCGACCAUCGAUACGAUGUGUGAUGGCUUGAGGAGGCUCGGUGACAUCUACAGCUCCAUCGAGAAGAUGAUGUGCACACCAAGCAGCCAAGUCAGCCUUUGCCAGAGCCUUCAAAGGGCGGCAGUAGAGGCGGAGCUUGGACGGUCCCUCGUCGUGCUCGACCUCUGCAACGGCAUGCGGGAGAGCUUCAUGGAAUUGAAGAUGACUGUCCAAGAGCUCCUUUUAGUUCACAAAAGAGGAGAGGAUGUGUCUUCUCAAGUCAAGACAUAUGUCAGGCUAGCAAACAAGGUGCAAAAACAGUUCAAGAAGAUCACCAAGAAGACUGCUUCCGACAAGAACGACUGUAGGGUGGUGAUGCUACUGGCUGAAGCGAGAGAGAUCACCAUUUCGCUGCUCGAAUCCACAUGGUCAAUCUUGUCGAAGCAAGUUGAGAUGCCCAAGUGGUCUCUUGCCUCCAAAACAUUCCACAGGACCAAAGUUGUGUGUGAAGAGGAGCAAUUGCAGGCAUUGGAGCACAGUAUUGGAGAUCUUGAGAGCGGAGUGGAACUUCUGUACAGGAGAUUGAUCCAGAAUAGAGUUUCUCUUCUGAAUGUUCUUAGCUUGUAGAUACCCUGAGCUCUAGUUCCCUGCAGCUGGCAUCCACCUUUUAAAGGAUUAGUCAGUCAUGAGAACAAUUUUGCAUUGUGUAUACUUGUGGAUAUGUAUAGG